ACGGAAAUAACUCCCACCCUUGACCCGGUACUUCCCCUACCGACUGGGGAUCCUAAUGCUGUUGUUUUCUUUCUGGCUUCUUUUUUUCUCCCAACAGAAGAUGACUCAAGACCAGCCUUUGCUUGCUGUGCAGGAGGCCCUGAGGAAGUGCUUUCCCGUGGUGGGGGAGCAGCAGGGCCUGUGGCAGAGCACCCUACGGGACUGCCAGUCCCUCCUGGCUUCCCUCAGCAACUUGGCCGAGCAGCUGCAGGCGGCUGAGAACCUGCGAUUCGAGGAUGUGCCGUCACUUCGAGCCUUCCCAGAUUUAAAGGAGCGGCUCAGACGCAAGCAGCUGGCGGCUGGUGACACUGUCAUGGACAAGCUAGGGGAGAGGCUAGCUGCCCUCCUCAAGGUGCGAGACACAGUCAGCAGCCACGUGGAACACGUGCUUCAGAUCUAUGUGCAGCGUGCAGACGCGAUUGGCAUUGAUGCCGCCCUGCAGGCCUCCGUUGUGAGCCCCUCUGUGGCCGACAUGUUGGAAUGGUUGCAGGAUAUUGAGAGACAUUAUCGACAUUCGUACCUGAAGAGGAAGUACCUCCUGUCCUCGAUCCAGUGGGGGGACUUGGCAAACAUCCAGGCUUUGCCCAAGGCCUGGGACCGAAUUUCGGAAGAUGAACACCAAGACCUUGUACGGGAUGUCCUGUUGCAUGUUUCCUUCUUCCUGGAAGAGUAAGGAAGCUGUGUGUUUAUGUGUAGACGAAGGGGAUGCAGUUGAAGACCGGCAUUGCUGCAGUCUGGUAUUUCUAAAGAAGUGUCAGUAUUGCACCUGACAUAUUGGAAAAACCAAUGGCUGGAGCCUAAGGACUGGCUCUUGGGAGGGUUGUGCUAGAUGUUUCUGUUGGGGCUUCUCCUGGCCAGGUCAUGGCUGAGGGUGCAUGGACCACCCCUUGCCCUUUCCUAAGACUCGGGAGUGGAAGGAGGCAGGGAGAAUGCAGGAAAGGCACUGCAGAAGAACACCUGGCGCGGAAGCAACAGCCACAGAGGUUGUAGACAAGGAAAGGACGGGGUAGAGAGUGGCACUCCUCGCCAUCAUCUGAGCCUGGUUGACACCAGGUCCUGGUUUCCUGUGUUUGUGUCAAUACCUGAAUCCUUGAUGAAAGAGAAAGUGGCUUUGAUGAUUUAAAGAAAUAAGGGUGAUGGUGGUGGAAAACAGUAAUGGUUUUCUGUUUGCAGUAACUCCUUAUGGUCAGAAGAUGUCAGUUUCCAGAGCCUACCACCAGGGGGCGGUGGUGCAGCAUGAAUUAUUCUGAACGCCUUGUCUUUGAGGGUUUCCCUAUUGCUCUUCCUGUCUGAGAGGCAGUAACUAGGUAUAGUGGGACUCCUAAAAUGACAAGGUUUUUUUGACCAAAGCUGGCAACUGACUUGCCACAUUCCUCUCAUCUUGGAGUAGCUGUCUGUGUGGGAGAGCACCAGCCCAGAGUUAGGCGAUUAGGAUUGCGUUUCUGAGGUCCAGCGCCUUCGUCUGGGAAAUGGUCGUGGUACUUCCAGACCUGUCACCUUCCUGGGCUCUUGUGAGAAUCUGGGUCAUUAGAUGUAAAGGGGCUUAAUAAAGAGUAUAGAUGUUUUUCAAAA